AGUCAGACUAUAAUAUCAGAAUAGAAGAGUGACUGUAUGUGGCAGCCUUCAUGAAUAUAUUCAAAAGGCCUUUAAACCAUUAUCAUAUAUAUUCCUGGCGUAAAAACAAAACAACACUGACAGUUUUCAGAUCACAGUGGAUCUUAACUCACAGCUGUAGUAUCUCUUGCCAUAAGGAGUAAAGACAUCUAUUAAAUGAUAGUUUCAAUUGUGCUUAUGUGUUGCAUGGUCUAAAUACCGUUUCUGAGGCUUUUCUGCCCUGACAGCUGUAAGAGCAGUGUACAGAUCAUUCAGUUUUAUUUUCUAGGUAGGAAGGGGCAUUUAUUUGGACAAGUAACAAGAUCAAUAGAAUCCAAGUAGAUAGGGUGGGAUGUGAACAUUUUGUUCCUUUAAUUUGGUACAGCAAUAUGCUAUCAGAGCCUUUAGGCUAAAGGUGUAUUUCUUUUACUUGUACAUUGUCUCAUAGAUGUCAUUUUCAUAUGAGAUACUGCAAUUUGCAAAUACAGGCAAAAAUAGCAGUACGGCUAGUAGGGCAGCCCUUAAAGAAUGGUUAUCUUAUUAGAGUAAUUGUUCUGAUAUGUGGACAAUGAGUGGAAUAUAAAUCAACUUACUAGCUUACUGACCAGUAACUGUCUUACUAAUCAAACACAGCAUAUACUUUUGUAAUACUUAAAUAGUUAUCAUAACUCAAUUUUUCUCUCUUUGUUCACAGCAGCAGCUCCUUACGUCUCCCUUGUGGCAGGUCUCUCUGUUUUAAAAAAUCUUUGCGAUGAUCUUGUUUCUGUCCGUAUGCAAAUCCAAAUUUGAUUUGGAACUAAUUUGAUUUAGUUAAGAAAUUCUCUAGACAUUCAAGUAUUUUAAUUUCAAAGCAAACAUUGACAAACUUUUACAGCAUUACAUUCAUUAAAUGAUGUAUUUUUGAUAGCAGCAGCGGAGAGAUGAUAGGAAAUGAGGAAAAGUUCCCCCGCGGAGAAAUUGCAGUUCAUGGCUGGUGUCUUAACCCCCGAGACAUGGGGGCACCCUUAUUGAGAUAAUAGUAUGUUACUACAUUUAAUAAUAAAAGGUUUUAAUAUAUACAGCUUUAUCUCAGUUUUUACAAAAUGCUAAAACUUCUACCUCUGCAAAAUGGGUGUAGUCUACAUCUCCUCGACUUCACCUUUAGAAAUGAUAAUAAAAGGAGUUUUAGAAACAUUUUGGCUUUUAUUUGAGUCAUCUGAAGUUUUUAAGUACUGUUUCUGUUAUAUCUAAGCCUAGAUAUUGGAUGGAUGGAUAGCUACUGUAGGUCAGCAUGGGUUACAGUGUAAACAGUGAAGAUGUUCCGAUAGUAAACAGGAAGUGUUUGUUUCCACAGGGGUAGAGGUCAUGCUGCCAUUAACCUGUUGUUAUGGAAACACAUUUCCAAAAACAUUCCACAGUCCUUUCUCUCACGAUAACACGGUGAACACACACACACACACACACACACACAAAGCUUUACUUACUGAGAAGGAAAGAAACGCAGCGUAAAUACAACUGUUUCAUUGAGAAGGAAACUGUAGGAUGAGCAUCACAGUGGGAAACAACAGGGGGAAGGAUGCGCUGCAGUGUAACAAAACAGGGACCAACAGAGCACAUCGAGCAGUAUGAUGGGAUGGACUUUAAAAGACCACAUAAAGAUUGACAAUCUUCUGCAAACAGCUGGUAUUGAUAGCGUAGUGGACGGAAUUACAGUAACCACAUUUAACAGUGGUCUUUAAAUCAGUGCAUCACAUCAUCAUCCCCAAACCUGAGAGCUGUUAGGUGGGCUCCACCACCAAAGGUUAUUGAAAGGUGGGAUGCACAUUUCCUGGAAAUCUCUGCAUGCAAAAAUACUGUGUUCAAGAGCAGCCUUCGGUAUUCUGGUGCCACUAUCAGGAAUCAGUUAGACAGGUCAACAAGGGAACAAACAAAUUCUACACAGGCUUUCAAAUAUAAACUGAAAUCUGAACACUUGAUGAACACAAAAGGCAGCGUUUGAUACAACAGUUUGCACAAAAUUUUGUACAGACAUUCACGUUCCCAGAUGAUGUAUCCUAAUAACUUUGGUGAUCACCUGAUUUUUCCUCUGGCGCCACCAUGAAGUUGUGAUUGAGUGAAAUGUCUCAACAGCUAUUGAAUGGAUUCCCAUUAAAUUUGGUACAAACAUUCAUGUUCCCCUCAGAAUAAAUCCUAAUGAAGUUUGUGAUCCCCUGACUUUUUAACUAGCAACAUCAUCUGGUAAAAAUCCUGCAUCAGCAGUACUUUGUAUUUAGUGCUAAUUAGCAAAUGUUAGCAUGCUAACACACUAAACUAAGAUUGUGAACAAAACCUGCUACAAAUCGAAAAGGGUCAGCGUGUUAGCAUUGUCACUGUAAGCAUGUUAGCAUGCUGUGCUGUGUACAGUCUCACAGAGCUCCUAGCAUGGCUGUAGACUCUUGUUAAUAUAUGUACCCAGGACUCUCUGGAAAGCAGUAUUGAUACUGGAUUGUUCUGGUGAAUUAAAGGCUCAGUGGUUACACACCUACUAUAUCUUAAUUAGCUUGAGUAGAUUGACCAGUUGAAAUAUCCUGGAACAGCAUUGUUCAAUUCAUUAAAUACCAGAUACCAGAGAGUUGUUGCUACUCUGGCUAUGUUUGGCUAACCUUUUUCUAGGCCUGACAGACUUUUAAUUUGUUUUGCUUAAGACACUCCUACAUGUCACCGUAUGCCUAUACAGUAAACAGCUUGUGGCACAGAUGGGAAACUAUAACCUCUGUGUUCAUCUGACAUUGGUGCAAUGAGGCUCAAAUAAAAGAUCUGAAAUAUUAAACAUAUUAAAUGACUGUAAUGGCCUUAAUGCCUUUUUUACAGGAGACAUUUUGACUUGCAGGGAAAUCACAUGUUAUUCAUUAACAGCUUCCAGGAACACUUACUGUAAAUGGAACAGAGUAAUCAUUAAUUAGUUACACCUGUGUGCUUCCUUUUUGACAAGUCAAAAUGUCUGCUGGGAAAAAAGGCCUACUGUGUGGGUGAUGUGGGUGUGCAUCUCUUCUUGAUUAACAUUUCCCUCACUCUCCUGUUCAGCUUUGUUUUCAGUACGUGGAGCUAGGGUGUACAGGAGAUGUGUGAACUUACUACUGUGCCUGUGAUGGCCACUGGUGCUGGUUAAUGGCUUUUCAAACAUGGUAAUGGUUUGGCUAGUUGUAAAGGGAAAAAGAUAAGAAUUUGCAUGAUAUCCCUGAGAUGGUAUGAAGCACAGAGGAGGAAAAAUCCACACAGUAGGACGACGUUUCAAAAGGGAUUAAAUGCACUGUGGAGACCCACUGCGCGUUUCGUCAUGAUUGUCUACAGAACAGAUCAAACGUUCAUCUGUCUUAUCAUCAUUGUGAUGGCAGGAGCAGAGGUGCAGGAAAACCUCUCACCUGAGUGUAAACAGUUCCUGUACAUGGGCACACUGCCUCGAGGGCUUGAGGAGCAGCCUUUUAAAAAGAUUUGCCAGUUCUACGCGGGCACUCCACGAUUUGUCACCUUGUAUGACACCUUCAACCACGUCCCUGUUUAUUCUGCGUACACCUUCAAGCGAUCGGACGGCUCCAAGAAGGUUGAUGUGCCUUGGAUGUAUGAGCCACAGCUCUCCACAGUGUCUGGCUCACGUGAGAUGCAGCAGUUCCCUUCUGAAAACAUUCAUAGGCGUUUUGAGGAUGCUCAGGCUGUGCUUGACGACUACUCUAACACUGUAAUCUUUGAACGUGGUCAGCUGAAUCCAGACGAGCACCAGGCCCACCCUGAUGACAAAGCAUCCACCUACACUCUGACGAAUGUGGUCCCACAGGUCAGAGAGUUCAACAUCGGUCCCUGGAAAAACCACAAGCACACCAUCCGCAGGCGGCUCAACAACUACUGCCGUGGCACCGCCUAUAUGGUCACCGGGGUCACCAACUCAGGGCACACAAUCCGCCGGCAGAACAUCAACCGCCUGGGCAUCCCCACCUAUCUCUGGUCAGCCUACUGUUGCAUUGAUUUUGAUCACAAUGCACCAUACUCAGAGCGCUCAAAGUUUCCUGCGUUUGCAGCUCAUGGGCUCAACGACAGGGAGAAUAAUAAGGUUCAAGAGAUGACGGUGCAGCAGCUGGAGGACUUCCUGAAGAGGGUAACUUAUGUCGGCAGCUCUUUCCAGGUCUUCUAUGACAACUGUGUGCCUCCUAAUAGUGCUAAUAGUGCCCUGCACCUGCCUUGAAAAAAAAAAUGGAGAUGGUCCUUCAGAUUUAGUAUAGAUUGAUAUUCACACCAGUGUCAAUAACAUUCAACAUUUGGCAGCUGAUUAGGAAUUAAUCAUUUCAUUCAACAAUCAUUUUAAUUGAUUUAUUUUAAAUUCAGCAGUUUCCAUGGUAAAUAAAACCCACAUGCCUAAAUUUGAUUUCCAUUAUCCAAUUUAGUUUUAUAAUUGCUCUGUUGCAGCUUGUUUGCUGAUUAAAAUCUUUUUCACAUUUAAGAUAAACAAGUAAAUAGACAACAGUCUUUGUUCUUGGCCUGAAGAGUUAGUCACCCCACUACUACGCUGAUUUUCGUUAUAAUUGGACUGAUCUUUAUCUAUAUUACCCAGUAUUUACUCUGUUUUACUUCUUAAAGUAUACACAGUAUUAAAAAUAAUCUCAGUUAAAAAGUUCACUUACUAGCUUUUCGAAGCUCCAUUUGUUGAAGAACUGAAGAUGUGGUUGAAAAGCUACUAAGUGGACCUUUGAUCAUAGAUUUUGAUACAUUUACUGUCCCCAAAGGUGAAUAUUGAUCCUCUGUGUUAACAUGUCAAAAAAAAAGAAAUAUUCCCAUUGUAAUUAAAGUAAAUUUUAAAACUUAGAAAUCCUCUCCAUAUAUUAUCCUCCAAUAUAGUAAAUUAAUUAUUAUUUCAAUUAUAUUGUAUUUUAUGGUAAAAUAACUGGCAUUUGUUGUGCCUAAACCCACAAUGAAAAGCCCAUAGUCUACACAUGGUUGUACUCUUCAUUCACUUUAUCUCACGUUUAACUUAUCCUCUUAAUGACUGGGGACUACACCUGCCUCUGUAGGCCUUUUGUUCAGAGACAGACAGAUUAGACCAACAGUUUUACAUUUUCACAUACAGCCUCUUCACUGUAGCACUACUAUACACUUCUCUUAUGAAAAGCCACACAGACAAAUCCAGGACAAACUGGGCCAAUAUCCAGAUUGUGACUUUUCAUUUAAGAGUUCUUUGAUCCUAUACAUUACAAGAAUAUUCACAUAUACCACUAAAGAGUUGUAAAUGUCGAUGAAUAAUAGGAACUUUCCAGCUCAUCAGAAGAGAAAGCAGUAAUAACUUAAUGUUUGGAAGUGAUAGCUGGUCCCAUCUCUGUUCUGAAUUUUUGUGGUAAACCCUUUUGUUUACAUUUGGAUCUUGCAAUUUAACUUUUGUAGUUGACAUUAAGUUAAAAUUAAGUGGGAUAUAAAAAUAAAAAUCAGAAUCUUUCUCCCAGUAUCUCUUUUUGUGACUUGAUUAUUAUUAUUCGUCAGGAUCUGGUAAGAUCUCUUUGGUUGUGCUUUGGUACAGCAGGUCAUAGAUGCUACAAAUAGUAUUAAAAACAUAAAAAAGCAGUAAAAUGAUGCAAAACUAGGAGUACAGAAAUAGCCCCAGGGUGAAUGAUAUGAUUAGUAACCGCAUUUAGUUUGAGAGGGUAGCUGUAAGCUGCCAGCUGGCAUAUGCCGCAGUGCCAGAUGGUCAGUUCCACAGAGCCUGUUUGACCAGCAGCCGACUGAUAAGAGUCCAAAAUACAUUUCAGAUCAUUAAUUGGAAGGACACUUAACUCUGAUGGCCAGUAGAGGGAGGCAGUGUUUAUCUUAGCCACAUAGUGUAGCUAAACACCUUCCUGUGGGAAAGACAUAACUAUCUUAUUGUUCUGGAUAACAUAAAAGGUGGAAAAGGGCAUCAUCAGUACAUACAAUACAUACAGACACUAUCUACAAACCCUCAUUAUGCAAAGAAAACAGCAGCAUAUUAACAAUACUUAUGUCUCAUUAACAGACAAUCAAAGACAGACUGCACAAUAUAAACUCUCGUUUUUAAUUUCUCUCUUCAAGAGUGUUUUCAAUUCACACAUUCAGCUCAAAGUUAAAAAAAACAAACAAAAAACUCAUAUUUCUGUACAAAGAGAGCAUGCAGAGCACCCUGUGCAGCAGGGAUCACUGUUUGUGACAGCACCCUGAAAACACAAGAUUUACUUAAAUCAUUGUCAAAAUAUGCUGAAUCAUUGUAGCAGAGAAACACCUUAGAGGAAGUAAAAACACUAUUUUAAAAAAUAAAAGUUGAAUAAUGAUAAAUCUCUUUGUACUUCAAAGAAAUUACCUUUGGGUUCACAUAGAACCCAAUCGCUCACACACACACACACACACACACACACACACACAAUACACUUAAAAACACUCACAACAGUAAGCAGCCACAGUAGUCAGGUGCUUUGCAGCCUGCAGCAGGAGUCCUGUUUGUGCCAGAAUGUGUUUUGGUCUCAGUUGUACCAGGUGGUGUUGAGCUGUGUCUGUUUCUUGAUGCUAGUGUCCAACUUGAGGACCUCUCUGACUGCCAUGGUAGCAUAGGUUGAGGGAGGCAGGGAGAACUCCAUCCGCAGAGCCCGAUACUUCCCCUCUGUCGGAGGAAAGAGAGAAAUACUGUAUUAGAGUGUGUACAAAGAAGGCUGUCAAACAACCCUGUCAUCUCAUACUUGAUAUUUAGUAUAGCAUAUUAUAUCAGCAUUCAUGCAUUUCAAAUCUAUACAUCUUUCAUAUCCCUAUUUAGCUACUUUAAGCUCAUGCCACAUUUAUCAAGAUGGGCAAAUCGACAGAUGUGGUACAGCCCAGCUACUGUAUCUGUAUGUUUUGGAUUUUUUUGGUCUUUAUUUAACAUACAAAUAAAAAUCAGGGUAUUUAUAUUUGAGUAAAAUGGGUGAAACAAACUGUAGUUUGACCAUUUAUUUUACUUUUAAAAUUAUUUUUGAGCUCUGCUGCAUGAUCAGCUGUUCAUUUGAUAGUCUCUCCAUUUUUCUCUUCACCCUCUUAGUGGAAUGAUAUUUUGGGUUCACCAUAUCAACUUUAUAAAAAGGUGAUAAUAUGUCAGUGUUGCUCUAUGGCCAAAAGUGGCAAAAAAAAAAAAAAACUGAUUUAAGGAUGCGUGGGGACAAAACCUUGGUGAAAUUCAGCUUAAACCAAUCUUCUAUGUAUUGUAAUGUUUUAAGAAUGUUACAACUGUGUCCUAAAUUAAAUCCAGUAUUGCUGCAAAGGCAA